AUGGAAAAGAGAUCGUUGGUUAUGCUGAUCCUUACAAUGUUGCCAAUCCUGUCAUGUAUCAGGCAAGUACAAGCCACGCGGCAAUGCCGGAACUGUGGCCGCAUUCCAGUGCCGUAUCCACUUAGCACUGCCCCAGGCUGCGGUGAGCCGUUGUACAAGCUUAGCUGCAGAGGAGGCACAUUGUGGUUGGAUGCUGUAAAUUCAUCCUCCUACAUCAUAACAUCCAUCUACCCGUUGACCCAACGGCUAAUAAUCCGCCCGGCAGGCUUUGCGAACAACACUUGCAUGUCAGCUGAUUUUCCAAGCCAAGGCAUUCAACUAGAUAGCAAUCUUCCCUUCAACAUUACAGGCAGCAACACUGUAGUUCUUAUGAACUGUUCUGAGUUAGUCUUUCAAUUUUUUCCAUCAAUGAACUGUUCGUCAGCAAGCAGAUGCCAUGAGUACCUCAGAGAAAAUGCAAUUGCAAAAUCUGCCUGUGAAGCUACAGCUGACAAACAAAGAUGCUGUUGGUUUAAGACUGGUGGAUCUCUCAAUGAAUUUAGAAUUAGAGUUCGCAGCGAGAGGUGUUCAGCAUAUCAAAGCUUUGUGAAUUUGGAUAUGGAUUUGCCGGUGAGCAAGUGGCCGGAACCUGGAGUGGAGUUAGAGUGGAUGUUGCCGUUCGAGCCUGUAUGCAAAACUGCAGUGGAUUGUCAGGAUUUGCCAAAUUCUUUUUGUUUGCAGGAUCCUGUCAGUGUUGGACAGAAAAGGUGCUUCUGCCGUGAUGGGUUCCAGUGGGAUCCUAUUAAUGGAGUAUGUCAAAUGGGCAGGAACUGCAAACAUGGGGGAUAUUGCAAUAAACAGACGAGAAAAACUUCACUCAUUGGCGGUAUGUCUCUUGCUGUUGGUGCAAUGUUUCUCGGAAUCACAACUAUGGUCGUAGUCUAUAGAAAAUAUAGUCAGAGCAGACGAGAACUAGCCCACGUAAGUUUAAGUAAGGUAAGAGAAAGAAUAUUAAGUGUGAGCACAAGUGGCAUAGUGGGUAGGAUCUUCACCAGCAAAGAAAUCACAAGAGCAACAAACAACUUCUCAAGUGAAAAUCUCCUCGGAUCUGGAGGCUUCGGUGAGGUCUUCAAGGGUAUUAUUGAUGAUGGAACUACCAUAGCCAUCAAGCGUGCCAAGACUGGAAAUACUAAAGGGAUUGAUCAAAUCCUAAACGAAGUUCGAAUCUUAUGCCAAGUAAACCACAGAUGCCUUGUAAAACUCCAUGGUUGUUGUGUUGAGCUCGAGCAUCCUCUCUUAGUCUACGAGUACAUUCCGAAUGGAACCCUUUUCGAUCAUCUCCAUAAAAUUUGCUCAAGCAAAAGGGAACCAUUAACUUGGCUUCGCCGCCUUGUCAUUGCCCAUCAAACCGCAGAAGGUCUUGCAUAUCUUCACUCUUCAGCUACACCGCCAAUUUACCAUCGCGACAUUAAAUCGAGCAACAUCUUACUCGACAAUGAGCUUAACGCUAAAGUUUCUGAUUUUGGGCUUUCUAGGCUGGCUGUUACCGAUACAAGCCAUAUUACAACUUGUGCUCAAGGUACUUUAGGCUAUCUUGAUCCGGAGUACUACCUCAAUUUUCAAUUGACUGAUAAGAGUGAUGUUUAUAGCUUUGGGGUAGUGUUAUUAGAGCUUUUAACUUCCAAAAAGGCCAUUGAUUUCAAUAGAGUAGAUGAAGAAGUGAACUUGGUGAUUUAUGGUAGAAAGUUUUUGAAAGGAGAGAAGUUAUUGGAUGCUGUUGACCCUUUUGUUAAGGAAGGAGCUAGUAAAUUAGAAUUGGAAACCAUGAAAGCAUUAGGUUCUUUAGCAGCAGCCUGUUUGGAUGAGAAAAGGCAGAAUCGGCCUACAAUGAAAGAAGCUGCUGAUGAGAUCGAGUAUAUUAUUAGUCUUGUCACUUCUGGAGUUUCAUAG